AUGGCUGCAAUUAAUGAUACUACUUUAGAGUUCUUUUCAAAAGCAUCCCCGGCUCAGUGGUCGUAUAUAUUUUCUAAGUAUAAAGAAGUCUUAAAAGCUAAAGCAGCGCGGCGUACGAAAAAAGGAGGUCCUGAUGAAUUAAUGCGAAUGGAUGCUUGGUACCAAGAACAGUUUCCAAAGGUGAUACAUUCAAGGAAAGAACUUUUCAUAACCCAUGAAGAACUUGUGCAACUUACGAAAUGGAAGCUCAUGAGGGAGAAAUUUCGACCAAAUCUAAUUGAUUUGGUUCGCAUUAACACUGAAAAGGCUGUCCUUACUCACAGCAAGAAAGCUUUUAAAAGACUUCCAAAUUUGUCGGGAGCUGUAGCAAUGCUUACUUGUUUGAAAGGAGUUGGCCCAGCUUCUGCUUCUGCCAUUUUAGCUGCUGCCUUUCCAGAGCAAGCUCCUUUUAUGGCUGAUGAGUGCAUGCUGUCUACUCCUGGUGUUGAAACAAUGGAUUAUACUGUUGCAGAAUAUUUAAAUUAUGCUAUGGAGUUAAAGAAGAAAUCUGAUUACCUCAAAAGUCAUGAUCCUUCUCAAGAGUGGAAUCCUCAUAAAGUUGAACUUGCUUUGUGGGCUCAUUUUGUUGCUGGGCAACUGCAACCCUCUAUCUUAUCAGAUCUACCUCUGCCUGAAGACCUUCCUCAAACUUCAGAAGAUGAUAACGUCGUAAAAGAAGAAGUUUCAGCAAAGCCAGAAGAAGAAAAAACUGACGAGAAGCACUCAUUUCCAAAUGAAGAUUCUGUAGAUAGCUACACUAAUUUAAGCAGCGGAGAUACAUCAAAUGAUGCUACGGAAUACGGAUACACUCCUGCUGGUCUCAGUUCUGAUAGAAAAGAUAAUGGUUUGGAACCGCCAACAAAAAAGUGUCGAAUAUAA